AUGCAACUUGAUCAAUGGGUGGAGACACUCAAACAAUGUAAAUACUUGCCAGAGGGAGAUUUGAAGAAACUGUGUGAGCGAGUCAAGGACAUACUAUUGGAGGAAUCCAAUGUCCAGUUGGUACGCAGUCCAGUCACAAUCUGUGGAGAUAUCCAUGGACAGUUCUACGACCUACUCGAACUGUUCAAAACAGGUGGUGAGAUACCAGAUGCCAACUAUGUAUUUAUGGGAGACUUUGUAGAUAGAGGUUAUUAUAGUUUGGAAACAUUUACAUACUUGUUGGCAUUGAAGGCAAGGUAUCCAGACAGGAUUACAUUGUUGAGAGGCAAUCAUGAGUCUCGCCAAGUUACCCAGGUCUAUGGAUUCUACGAUGAGUGUCAACAGAAGUAUGGCAAUGCCAAUGCCUGGAAGUACUGUACCGGUGUGUUUGACUUCCUAACUCUUGCGGCAGUAAUCGAUGGCAAGGUAUUAUGUGUACAUGGAGGAUUGUCACCAAAGGUUCGCACCCUUGAUCAGAUACGUAUCAUAUUGAGGAGUCUGGAGAUACCUCAUGAAGGUCCAUUCUGUGACUUGAUGUGGUCGGACCCAGAAGAGAUUGAACAAUGGCAGCCAUCACCUAGAGGAGCAGGAUGGUUGUUUGGAUCAAAGGUUACAAAGGAGUUCCAACAUAUUAAUGGUUUGGAAUUGGUUUGUCGAGCACAUCAGCUGGUCCAGGAGGGCUACAAGUACAUGUUUGAUGAAACCUUGGUAACAGUAUGGUCUGCGCCAAAUUACUGUUAUCGAUGUGGCAACGUCGCCUCCAUUCUUCAACUCAGUGAGAAUACCUUGGAUCGCAGUUUCAAGAUCUUUGAGGCUGUCCAAGAGGAGCGCGAUAUCCCUGCCAAGGCAACAUCGAUGCAGUACUUCUUCUGA